UUAACAAUAAAAAAAUAAAUAAGAAAAAGAAAAUAUGAAGAUUCCUGCAGCAGAAGACCGUAUCCACGUUCUCGAUGAUGACUCUUCGGUGUGGUCCGUCAUCCGUGACGUCAUCGCCACCGACAACCAAGAGGAGGCCUUCUACGUGUGCGACGUCGGAGAUAUCGUGCGCAAACACAAGACGUGGACCGCUAAGCUUCCCAGAGUCCAGCCGCACUACGCUGUCAAAUGCAACGACGGCCUGAUCGUCCUGGAGACCCUCAACGCUCUCGGCGCCUCCUUCGAUUGCGCCUCCAAGGGCGAGAUCAACAAGGUGCUGUCCUUGGGCGUCGCCCCGGAGCGCAUCGUUUUCGCCAAUCCUGCCAAGCCGGCCAGCCAUAUCAGGCACGCAGCGGCGACGGGCGUGCGCACUAUGACCUUUGACAACGAGACCGAGCUGCACAAGGUCAAGAAGCUCUUCCCGGAUGCCAAACUGGUGAUCCGCAUCCGUUGCGACGCCGCCGACGCCCAAUGCCAGCUGGGCAACAAGUUCGGCUGCGACGCCGACUCGGAAGCGCCGCACCUGUUGCGCGUUGCCCGCUCUUUGGGACUGGACGUAGUGGGCGUUAGCUUCCACGUGGGCAGCGGAUGCAGGGAGCCGCCCGUUUUCAGGCGGGCCAUAUCGGCUAGCCGGGACGUCUUCGACUGCGCCGCGACGCUCGGGUACGAGUUCGAGGUGCUGGAUAUCGGUGGGGGGUUUCCGGGAGGAAGAGGGACGUCUAUUGAUAAGAUCGCCGAAAUCGUCAACCUGGCUCUGGACGACUUCUUCCCCGACCCGUCGGUGCGCGUGAUCGCCGAACCGGGCCGCUUCUACGUCGCCAGCGCGUACACGCUCGCCUGCAACGUGCACUCGCUGCGCUCCGUCGAUCGUCCCGACGGCGACACGCAUCGCAUGUACUACAUCAACGACGGCGUCUACGGCAGCUUCAACUGCAUUUUGUACGAUCAUCAGGUGGUCGUGCCGCAACCGCUCAAACAGUACCCGGGCUCCAAGUACCACCCGAGCAGCGUGUGGGGCCCCACCUGCGACGGCUUGGACCAGGUGGUCGAGCACGUGAUGCUGCCCGAGAUGAAGGUCGGCGAUUGGUUGGUGUUCGAGGAUAUGGGUGCGUACACGCUGCCCGUCGCCAGCGCCUUCAACGGCUUCCCCAUACCGAAGGUGCACAUCGUCAUGGACGAGAGUAUCGCGACCCUUCUGGAGAACAUGCUCCACCUGACCGAGAGCCACUUCGAGAUGCUGUCUGUGCCACGUGACCGCGAUACCACCGCCGCCUCUACCAACUACGACCAUCUUCCUUCUUUUCCCAUCACCAUCGAGGUGCCGUGCGGGAACGGCAACACUGUCAAUCAAAUUUUGGAUUUCGUCGACGUCUUGGCCAUGGAAUAAUUGUAACGAUUCGGAUUCUGAUGAUUUUUUUCGAGCUACUAUCAGUUUCAAAAUUAACUGGGAUUGAAGUCAAAAAUUUUUAGUUUUUAUUUGGAUAGUCGGAAAAAACG